CGGACGUCCACAACGCAUUUUGACAAAAAUGUCCCGAGUUCGCGUCCCAUCACUCGGCCGCCAGAGCGACGGCUGGCGCAAGGCGUCGGCGGCGAUGCGCCUCGGGCCGCCACCAGUGGCCCACAUGUCGACCAAGCGCAACGCGCAGAUCAACUCGGUUGCCAAGAACGUGACGGUCGACGACAUGCACCGGACGAUUCUGCCCACAUCGUCGCUCUUGCACCCGCGCGAGAACACCGCUUGGCAAGUCGUCGAGGCCCGCCACUUUGACGAGUUUAUCCCUGUGCCACCCCACUGGCACGUGACGCUGGCCGCGCUCCAGGACGAGUGGGAUUGGCACUUUGAGAACGUCCUGCAUCUGCAGUGCGCGCUCACGCACUUUAGCGCGAUCGACUCGCACAAGAUUCCGCACUUUCCCGCCAACCGCACUGCCAACCGCAGCCUCGAGUGGCUCGGGGACGCCGUCCUGCAAGCCUGUGCGUCCUCGUACCUCUUCCAGUCGUACCCGACGACGCAGGAAGGCCAGCUUACGCAACUGCGGUCGGCGCUCGUCAAGAACCACGUGCUCGAGGUCGUCUCGACGCAGCUCAAGCUUCCGUCUGCCAUGAUUGUCGGAACGUCGAUCUCGCAGCAUGACCACGAGACAACGCCGCAAGCCAUCAAGGUGCGACAGACAGUGCACGCAAGCGCCGUCGAGUCGCUCAUUGGCGCCGUGCUUCUAGACCAGGGCAUGGUGCGCGCGAUGGAAUUUGUCAACACGCGCGUGCUGCCGCUGGCGAUCGAGUACGCUGUCUCGUCGACCAACUGGGAUCCCGUUAGCGAACUCAACCGCGAAGCUGCGGCAAAUGGCGCAACGAUCCGCUACGACGAGACAAAGCUAGAGAGUAAUGUGCACCAGGUCGUCGUUGCCAUCAACGACCAGGCGAUGGCGACGGCCCAUGACGGCUCGUUCAAGACUGCGCGCCAGAAGGUGGCCACGCAAGUGCUCGAGCGACUGAAAUCGCAACCCCAUCUGUUUGUUGCGACGCAGUAGAGAUAAUAUCGAUACGUGCAUUUGCGUAGCCGUUAAAAUUCGGCUUCUUCACCGCUCGACCCAUCGUCGUCGCCGCCCGGCGCAGCCGCGGUCUCUUCUUCUUCGAGCAUCGGCGCUGCCAUGGCGGCCGCCGCAGCGCGCCGCCGCGCACGGGGAAUGAUGUUGGACGUAUCGACGCCGAUCAAGUCGUCUUCGUUGAUUUUGACAUUGUCGUCAUCGUCGUUGUCGUUGUCAUCAUCCUCAUCAUCAUCAUCGUUGGUCUUGGCGCGCUUCUUCUUUGGCGCGUCGUCAUCAUCAUCGUCAUCGCCUUCGUCGUCAUCGCCUUCGUCAUCAUCGCCCUCAUCGUCGUCGUCCUCUUCAUCGUCGUCGUC